AUGGCGGACUGCAUACGUGUUCCUCUGCUCCUGCUUUUGAUGUGCAUCUUGUUGUUUGUGCAUCCGAUUCGAGCUCAGAAUAAUCUUGUUGCCAAAUUUGUUGGUAACGCCGAUAAACUGCAGAACCCAGCCGGAGGUCCGGGGCCCGCUGCGGGGAACCCUGGAGCCGAUGAGAGGAACCAGGGCGCCGGGGCCUCGCUGUCUCGGAGGCGCUCUACCGGCUGGAAGUUGUCUGAGGAGGCGGUGUGCAGGGACGACCUCACCCGCCUUUGCCCCAAAAACUCCUGGAGCAACAACCUGGCGCUGCUGGAGUGUGUCCAGGACAAGAAAGAGGACUCUGAAAUCGCCACUGAAUGCAACCAUCUGCUGUGGAACUAUAAGCUGAACCUGACCACAGACCCCAAGUUCGAGUCUGUGGCGAUGGAGGUCUGCAAGACGACCAUCUCUGAGAUUAAAGAAUGCGCCGCCGAGGAGCAGGGCAAAGGCUACCUGGUGUCCUGCCUGGUGGACCACCGUGGCAACAUCACCGACUACCAGUGCAACCAGUACAUCACCAAGAUGACCACCAUCGUUUUCAGCGACUACCGGCUGAUCUGCGGCUUCAUGGACGAGUGUCACGAUGACAUCAACACACUGAAAUGUGGCAGCAUCAGCACUGGAGGGAAGGACAUCCACUCGCAGGGCGAGGUGAUCGCCUGCCUGGAAAAAGGUUUGGUUCGUGAGGCCGAGGAGCAGCUGGGGGCCCACGUCAUCAAGGACAGCUGUAAAAAAGCCAUCAUGAGAAUCGCCGAGCUGUCCUCUGACGACUUCCACCUGGACCGCUACCUUUACUUCGCCUGCAGAGACGACCGAGAACACUUCUGUGAAAACACUCUGGCCGGGGAGGGACGGGUUUAUAAAUGCCUCUUCAAUCACAAGUUUGAGGACUCCAUGUCUGAGAGGUGCCGCGAGGCGCUCACCACCAGGCAGAAGCUGAUCGCUCAGGAUUACAAGGUCAGCUACUCGCUGGCCAAAGCCUGCAAGUCGGACCUGAGGAAGUACCGCUGCAGCGCGGACACCAGCAUGCCCCGGGCGAGGGAAGCUCGCCUGUCCUACCUGCUGCUGUGUCUGGAGUCUGCCGUCCAUCGAGGGCGUGUGGUCAGCGGUGAGUGUCAGGGUGAGAUGAUGGAUUACAGGCGGAUGCUGAUGGAGGACUUCUCUCUGAGUCCUGAGAUCGUGCUGCACUGUCGCAGUGAGAUUGAGAAUCACUGCUCCGGUCUGCACCGCAAAGGACGAACGCUGCACUGCCUGAUGAGGGUCGGCCGAGGAGACAUGGGCUCCAUCGAUCCCAUCUGUCAGAAGGCGCUGCAAACAUUGAUCCAAGAAGCCGACCCCGGAGCCGACUAUCGCAUCGAUCGGGCGCUUAACGAGGCCUGCGAGUCCGUCAUCCAGACCGCCUGCAAACACAUCCGCAGCGGGGACCCUAUGAUCCUGUCGUGUCUCAUGGAACAUCUGUACACUGAGAAGAUGGUGGAGGGCUGUGAGCACAGACUGCUGGAGCUGCAGUACUUCAUCGCCAGAGACUGGAAGCUGGAUCCGAUCCUGUAUAAGAAAUGUCAGGCCGACGCAUCCCGACUCUGCCACACUCACGGCUGGAACGAGACCAGCGAGUUGAUGCCGCCUGGCGCCAUUUUCUCCUGCUUGUAUCGCCACGCAUACCGCUCCGUGGAGCAGGGUCGGAGGCUCUCCCGGGACUGUAAGGUGGAGGUGCAGAGGAUUCUCCACCAGAGGGCCCUGGAUGUGAAGCUGGACCCUGAGCUGCAGAGGCGCUGCAUGACCGACCUGGGGAAGUGGUGCAGCGAGAAAACGGAGGCCGGGCAGGAGCUGGAGUGCCUGCAGGAUCACCUGGAGGAUCUGGUUGCCGACUGCAGGGAUGUGGUGGGAAACCUGACCGAGCUGGAGUCGGAGGAUAUUCAGAUCGAGGCGCUGCUGAUGAGAGCUUGUGAUCCCGUCAUUCAGGCCCACUGCCACGAGGUGGCCGAUAACCAGAUCGACUCGGGUGAUCUGAUGGAGUGUUUGGUUCAGAACAAACACCAGAAGGAGAUGAAUGAGAAGUGUGCGGUGGGAGUGACACACUUCCAGCUGAUUCAGAUUAAAGAUUUCCGUUUCUCCUACAAGUUCAAGACGGCCUGCAAGGAGGACGUCCUCAAACUGUGUCCCAACAUCAAGAAGAAGGUGGACGUCGUGAUCUGCCUCAGCACCACGGUGAGGAACGACACCCUGCAGGACGCCAAGGAGCAGCGCGUGUCCGUCAAGUGUCGUAAACAGCUGCGGGUGGAGGAGGUGGAGAUGUCGGAGGACAUCCGCCUGGAGCCGGAGCUGUACGACUCCUGCAAGCAGGACAUCAACAAGCUGUGUCAGAACGUGGCCUUUGGAAAUGCACAGGUUAUUGAGUGUCUGAAGGAGAACAAGCGCCGGCUGACUCAGCGGUGCCACCAGAAGGUGUUCAAGCUGCAGGAGGUGGAGAUGGUCGAUCCUGAACUGGACUACCAGCUGAUGAGAGUCUGCAAGAACAUGAUCAGGCGUUUCUGUGCUGACUCAGAGGGGAAGAGCAUCCUUCAGUGUCUGAAACAGAACAAGAACAGCGAGAUGAUGGAUCCCAAAUGCAAGCAGAUGAUCACCAAGAGACAGAUCACCCAGAACACAGACUACAGGUUGAACCCGGUGCUGAAGAAAGCCUGCAAAGCCGACAUCCCAAAGUUCUGUCAGUCCAUCCUGAACAAGGCGACGCCUGAAACCGAGCUGGAGGGUCAGGUCAUCUCCUGCCUUAAACUUAAAUACGCCGACCAGCGUUUGUCUUCAGACUGUGAGGAUCAGAUCCGGGUCAUCCUGCAGGAGUCGGCGCUGGAUUACAGACUGGACCCUCAGCUGCAGAUUCACUGUGUAGACGAGAUCUCCAGGCUGUGUCCAGAGGAGGCAGCAGCUCAGGAGCAGACAGGACAGGUGGAGGAGUGUCUGAAGGUCAACCUGCUGAAGAUCAAACAGGAAGGAUGUAAGAAGGAGGUGUUGAACAUGCUGAAGGAGAGUAAGGCGGACAUCUUUGUCGACCCCGUCCUUCACACGGCCUGCGCUCUGGACAUCAAACACCACUGUGCUGCCAUCCCACCCGGCAAAGGACGCCAGAUGUCGUGCCUGAUGGAGGCGCUGCAGGACAGACGUGUCCGUCUGCAGCCCGAGUGCAAGAAGAGACUUCAGGAUCGCAUCGAGAUGUGGAGCUACGCCGCCAAGGUGGCGCCUGCUGAGGGCUUCUCGGACUUGGCCAUGCAGGUGAUGACAUCGCCGUCCAAGAACUACAUUCUGACCGUGAUCGGCGCCGGCGUGGCGCUGCUCUUCAUGAUGGGGCUGCUCUGCGGCAGGUUCACCAAGCGAGUCACUCAGGAGCUGAAGGACAGGUAGACUCCGCCCCCCCGGGGUCAGGACAUGCCCACGGGAGAAACGACUACAAGUGAGAAGGACCUCCCCACUGUUUACCCCCCAAUGCCCCUGAAAGUCCACCAGAUCGUCUUUACUUCCCCUCUACGGGCUCGUUCAUCCUCCCUCACAUCACUGCGGGGGGUGUCCACGUGGGAGUGACAUUACCCACAAUCCCACAGUGGAACUGGGCAUGAUCAGUAAUUGCCUCCACCUGAGCGUUUUUGUUUUCCUUCUCAUCCUGGGCUUUCAUUCAGAGAUUUUACCGUGUUCACACGUGAUGUACAUGCAGUUUUUUUACACCCCUCCCUUUUUGCUGUCGGUUUAGGGGUGAGGAUAGGGAGGGGGCUGGGUGGGUGGGGUUGGGAGUGUUUUGAAGAUUUUGGGGCAGAGGUUAAAGGUUAGGGGUCAGGGUGGUGUGAAAAUUGAGAUGUGUAGGUGUAAAUGUGUAGAAAGUGGGGUGGGGAGAUGCUCAUGUAUAAUAGAGCAGUUUAAUGACUCCAGUAUUUUAAUGAUCAUAGUGUGUGAAGGUGUG